AUGUUAUACAAAUUCAGCGUCGCCGGCGGCGCUGUAGAGACUGGCAACCAAGAUCUGCUAGGCUUACAAUGGCAGCAACCGCUGCGGAACAUCUUGGUGGUUCGCAAAGAUGGUGACAGCGAUGUUCAUGAUGCCGUGAUAGAGUACGCCAACCACAUAAUUGAGGUCUAUCCCGGAACAUCCCUGGUCUUCGAGAAGUAUGUUGCAGAUCAGCUCCACGAGCAGCUACCAUUUCCCAUCUACGCCGCGGAUGGAGCAGGUAACACUGCGUACCAAGAGAAGAUCGAUCUGACCACGACUCUCGGUGGUGAUGGCACCAUUCUCCACGCAGCAUCAUUGUUCGCCACUGCAAAACGCGUACCACCCAUUCUAUCCUUCAGCAUGGGCACGUUGGGCUUCCUUGGAGAAUGGAAGUUUCAAGAGUACAAACGUGCAUUACGCGAAGUCUACGUUUCUGGAGCACCUUCGUCACUGCCACCUCGAAGCAUAGACGAGCCGGAGACCAAAGUGCGACCUACAGGCUGGGAGCAGAUGCGCGGCAAGUCGAUGGGCGCAUCUCGUACUUCCAGGAUCCUGCUUCGCAACAGACUACGAGUCGGCAUUUUCGAUGCAGAUGGCAAACGACUGGCACACGAAGCUCCGUUCGCACACAAAGAUGACCAUUGCGAGGACAUUUUUGCCUUGAACGAAGUGCUUUUACAUCGAGGCGCACUGCCGCACUUGAUCCACAUCUCGAUUUUGAUCGGCUCACCACCUCACCAGAGAGUGCUGACCAAGGGCAUCGCAGAUGGCUUCCUUGUAUCUACGCCAACCGGUUCAACAGCCUACAGCUUAUCAAGUGGUGGAUCCAUCGUGGAUCCCUUGGUCCCAUCGAUUCUACUCACCCCAAUAUGUCCAAGAUCGCUCUCCUUCCGACCUUUGGUGCUGGCCGCAAAUAGACCCAUCACACUGCGAAUCGAAGCUGCAAACCGUGGCAAGGAGAUCGAGUUCACUGUUGAUGGUAUCAGAAGACAGCAUGGCCUGAGGACCGGCAUGGAAGUCAGAGUUGUGGGCGAAGAGGUCCGCACGCCAGGUGCACCAGGUGCUCGAGACUGGAUGGGAGGGGUGCCUUGCAUUGUCAGAUCUGGCAACACAGGUGACGGCGAGGACCAUUGGCGCUUCGUGACGGAGGCUGAAAAGUACGGUCGCUACGCCAUUCUUUCCCACGUCUGGGAGGAACCUGGUGAGGUAACUUUCCAGGACAUUCGGGAUGGCACUGCCACUGCAAAGACUGGGUGGUACAAGAUCAAACAGGCCCGUCUUCGUGCCAAAGAAGACCACAAUCUGGACUACUGCUGGGCUGAUACGUGCUGCAUUGAUAAGACCAGCAGUGCUGAACUCUCCGAGGCUAUCAACUCCAUGUACCGAUGGUAUUUCCACGCCAAAGUCUGCUACGCCUACCUCGCAGAUGUCCCCGGCCAAGCCCUGAAAGACAGUAAAUGGUUCACACGUGGGUGGACUUUGCAGGAACUUAUCGCACCGGGCGAUAUCAUCUUUUACGAUGCGACCUGGCAGAUGAUUGGAAGUAAUAUCAGUAUGGUAAACGAGCUUGCUGGGAUCACGAAGAUUGAUUCGAAAGUGCUGCGUGAUCGGACUGCGAUCACAUCAGUCAGCGUGGCAGGUCGCAUGGCAUGGGCUGCGAACCGUCAUUCUUCGCGAGAAGAAGAUAAGGCAUACUCACUCAUGGGCAUUUUCGACGUCAAUAUGCCCAUGCUCUAUGGAGAAGGCUCCAAGGCAUUCGCGAGGCUACAGGAGGGAAUCAUCAGAACUUCCACGGACCACUCCAUCCUAGCCUGGCAAGCUUACGAGGAUGGCCACGAUACGCUCCUGUUCUCCCCAUCGCCGUAUGGCUUUCGACGCGCGCACAAGAUUGUUUCGUGGAGUCACCCUGGCAUCGAUGAGAGCUUCUCCCUCUCCAACAAAGGUCUCCGCAUCUCCCUUCCAGUCCUCGAAACACAGGACAGCCCUCGCUACAUUACUGUCAUCCUGAAUUGUCGUUACGCAGACAACGGCAUAACGCAACUCGCCCUAUUCCUCAAGAAGCAAGCCCAUGGCAUGAUCGUACCCACCCGCAACCUCACAUCGACCGUCUGCGAAGUCGCCUCAUACAAGAAACCGGACGGCGUCCUAACCAGUAUCCGCAACCUCGACAGGAAACUGCUACCCCAGGCCAAGUGGAUGGACCCCAUCGUCCUCCGCGAACCUGUCAGAAUAGAGAGCGAAGCGCCUGGCGCAAUCUGGACACAAAAGAUCACGAUCCGCAACCCGAUCCAUAACCUCGUACUGCAGCGUGUCUACCCAGAACAAGCUUGGAAUGCAAAAGAAGGCACCAUGACCUUCGUCAUGACAGGAAGCUCGGAGCACGAUAGAGGCUACAUGGUCUUUAGCGAACGCGACGGGAAGAAGAAAGUCGUUCUAGCCUUUGGCCAAGAAAUGCAAUCUGGACGAGCAGAGCCUCGAGUCAGUCUUGCGAAGUACAGCACAGUCCCCGACACCACCACGAUAUUAGCUUCACUGAACGCGACGCGUACAGAGCAGAGCGCGAAAAUCGAGCUGAAGAAAGGACUGUCGGAACUUGUAGCUACUGUCGAGAGGAGGUUGAAUCCGGAUGGAGAUUCGGAGUGGGCGAUAACUUUGAAGCUGGAGCAUUAUUCGAGUUUGUUUAAAAAGCAGUGGGAGUAUAUGACGACGUAUCGAUAG